CAGAGCGGCGCGGGGACGUGCGUGCGCCGGCCUCCCGGCGGGCAUGGCGGUGUGCGCUCGGCUCUGCGGCGUGGGCCCGGCGCGCGGGUGUCGGCGACGCCAGCAACGCGGGGGCCCUGCCGAGACGGCGGCGGCCGACAGCGAGCCGGACACGGACCCGGAGGAGGAGCGCAUCGAGGCGGGGCCCUCGCCGCCGCCGCCGCGCUGCUCGCUGCUGGACCUGCCGCCCGAGCUGCUGGUGGAGAUCUUCGGCUCACUGCCCGGCACCGACCUGCCCAGCCUGGCGCAGGUCUGCAGCAAGUUCCGCCGCGUGCUGCACACCGACACCAUCUGGCGGCGGCGCUGCCGCGAGGAGUACGGCGUUUGUGAGAACCUGCGGAAGCUGGAGAUCACCGGUGUGUCCUGCCGGGACGUCUAUGCCAAGCGUAUAAACCCGCGCGUGAAGUCGGGGCGCUUCCUGAGAAUCCUCCCUGACUACGAGCACAUGGAGUACAGGGACGUGUACACCUGCCUGCUUCACCGAUACCGACACAUCUUGGGAUUGUGGCAGCCAGACAUCGGGCCGUACGGAGGGCUCCUGAACGUGGUGGUAGAUGGCCUGUUCAUCAUUGGCUGGAUGUACCUGCCACCCCACGACCCUCACGUGGAUGACCCCAUGCGAUUCAAGCCUUUGUUUCGAAUCCACCUGAUGGAGAGGAAGUCGGCCACCGUGGAGUGCAUGUACGGCCACAAGGGGCCCCACAAUGGCCACAUCCAGAUAGUGAAGAAGGACGAGUUCUCCACCAAAUGCAACCAGACCGACCACCACAGGAUGUCAGGCGGGCGGCAGGAGGAGUUCCGGACGUGGCUGAGGGAGGAGUGGGGCCGCACGCUGGAGGACAUUUUCCACGAGCACAUGCAGGAGCUCAUCCUGAUGAAGUUCAUCUACACCAGUCAGUACGACAACUGUCUGACCUACCGCCGGAUCUACCUCCCGCCUAGCCACCCCGACGACCUCAUCAAGCCUGGCCUCUUCAAGGGCACCUAUGGCAGCCACGGCCUGGAGAUCGUGAUGCUCAGCUUCCACGGCCACCAUGCCAGGGGCACCAAGAUCACGGGUGACCCCAACAUCCCCGCCGGGCAGCAGACGGUGGAGAUUGACCUGAGGUACCGCAUCCAGCUGCCUGACGUCGAGAAUCUCCGCAACUUUAACGAGCUGUCGAGGAUUGUCCUGGAGGUCGGCGAGCAGGUGCGGCAGGAGCAGCAGCAGGAGGCCGGCGAGGGCCCUUCCCAGGCCCAGGACCCGCCACCCAGGGAGGCCGACACGGUGCCCGCCGAGGGCAGCGGGAAACCUGCAGACGGAGAGGCUGCAGCUGAGCAGCCGGCCCAGUCUGGCAAGGGGCAGCCGUUCGUGCUGCCCAUGGGCGUGAGCUCCAGGAACGAGGACUAUCCCCGCACCUGCCGGCUGUGCUUCUACGGCACAGGCCUCAUUGCUGGCCACGGCUUCACCAGCCCCGAGCGCACCCCUGGCGUCUUCGUCCUGUUCGACGAGGACCGCUUUGGCUUCAUCUGGCUGGAGCUGAAGUCCUUCAGCCUGUACAGCCGCGUCCGGGCCGCCUUCCGGAACGCCGAUGCGCCCUCGCCCCAGGCCUUCGAGGAGAUGCUCAAGAACAUCCAGUCCCUCACGUCCUGACCGCCCUGCCCCUGCGGGCCGGCCUGGUGCGCCCCGCGUCGUGCCGGAAGCAGCAUGCACUUGGACACGCGGCCUUUCACCAGGACGUGCGCUUUCUCGUUGGACUCCGGCCGGCCCGAGACACUUUAUGUAUAGCGUGUAACAUAUCCUGUACAUUGUUGGUAGUCGUGAAGGGGACGCUGAGCAUGUGAGGACAGAGAAGGGAAGAGUGAGCGAGCAGAGUGAGCCUGACCCCGAGGAGUGGCUGUGGCACGCAGGGACAGACUGGGGGCCAGGUCCCUGGCGAGUGUCUUCGAGGCAAAACAGGACCCCCCUUUGGGGUUACGGCGCAGCAGCCGGGCAUGUUCCCCUGAGCAGAUGCAGUGCAGGGUCCGGGAGGUGGCGAGGAGACAUCCCGCUGGCACCCACAUGGGUGAGGGGAGGACGGUGUGCCUGGAGCCACCCGGGUUGGGGCCAGGCCUCAGGUAGGGUUCCCAGUCUCUGCUGGCCCGCCAGGCGUUAGGGCCCAGGCAUUUCACUCCGGUCCUUUCCCCGUUGGUGAAAUUGGGCUAGCCCUGCAGGUCCCGGGACCGUCAGUGUAGACAUCCGCAGCAUCUGUACCAUUCCCUGGCAGCCGUGUCUACACUGCUUCUGCAUCUGCUUCCGAGGCUCCUCUGACGCCCGGCUGUCCCGGCUCCAGGCUGGGUGUUGUUCUGCGCCCAUGCCCCACGCUCCCCCUUCUGCGCCCGCUCUGCACCCAGUGGCCUGGCACUUGCGGGUGUCCAGUCUGCAGGGCACAGGGCUGUCCCCACGCUUUGCUGUCAUUGCGUGGCACACACAGGCUGAACAGGUGCACUUCAGAGCCAUUUGCAGGUGGGAGCGUGGCCUUCCAGCCCUUCUGGAGGCCGGGACCCUGCGGCACGGAGGCCUGAGAGCCACUGUGGCCCUGCUUGUUGGCGCCUGCAUUUGUAGACCCCCAUCCACGGCCUGGCUGACACUGGUGUCUCUGGAAGGACAGGGCCCCUUGGACUCUGUCACACUUCCUGCCCUGUGGCUCGUGCAGCCCUGGGUGGGCUCCCGGUGUGCACCUUCCCUCUCAUGGCUGGCCCCUCAUGGCUGCUCUGAACCGUCCUCCAGGCGCUCAGGACUUACUCUGCUGCUGAGAGAUACCCUGGCAGUCAUGUGGUGCCUUUGCCUAGAGAUCCACCGGGGACACCCCAUGAAACAUUUUCCUAAUUAAUUUUUCCCCAACUGGCCUUAAACUUCCACGGUCCUACCUUCCACUCACCGGCAGCACCUCACUUUGCUCCCGAGUGCAGAGCUGAGCAGCUCUUGCGAGGUCCCCAUGUGACGCUGCCCCUGGAGGAUCUGACGGGAUGCAGGUCGAGAGGCCGAGAGGCAGGCAGAGCAGGCAGGCGUCCUCCUGGGCAGGGCAGCGCCCCUGACCUGUGAAGUGAGACACCCCGGGUGCUUCUGCCCCAGUCUAGCGUUUUUUGCAGGACUGAGCCUGACGUCUGUGUCACUUCCUUGCCAGAAGAGGCAGCCCAAGAACGGAGGACAGUGGAGACCAAGGACGGUUGGGUGCCCUGUAAGUUUCACCACUGUUGAUAGGAACCCUAGAGAAAGCAUUUUUUACUCAGAGCCGCGGCUUGCUCUGAGGGACCCUUCUGCUCGGAGGAAUCCCUUUAGCGCUGUAAAGAGCACAGUGAUUGAAGAGACGUAAUUAUUAAAAAAAAGCCUCAAAUCUAAA